AUGUCUGUCAGGGGAAGGGGCCACGCGCCACCGCCUACCGCCAACGUUCACGGCUGCGACCGGCUCUACCGUGCACUCACCGACUGCCACCGCCGGAUCCCGCCGGGCCUAUCCCGCGAGGCGGCGUGCCGCCACCUCAACCGAUCCCUCGCCGAGUGCCUGGUGGCCGCCGCCUGCCCCGAGGAGUCCGACGCUGUCCGCACCCUCUGCUCCAGCGGCGGCACCGCCCUAAAGCGUCGCCAGUGCCAGCAAGCGCAGCUCGCCCUCUCGGCCUGCCUAUCCGAUCACCAAACGGAAUCCUGA